GAGGAUGUAGUUGCCAGUUGUCGCCUCACCAUGUCUUGUGAGGCUGGUGGCGAGAGACUCACGUGAAGGAUGUGUACCAAUGAGGAAACUGAAUUAAAUGGAGUAGUUAAUUGGAGUAGCGAAGUUGUGCGAGAGGAGGAGUGAGCUGUAGCGUGGUAGUAGACGCAGUGGGGAGGCAUAUGUUUACGUAGAAACUGCGUACUCUUUUACGAAGGUCACGGCGGGCAGGAUGCUUAGGACAAAGACCCUCUUGUGCAGGCACGGAGAGGCGCAGCAUCCUACGGCGAAUUCAGAUCAGAAACAAGAUAUCUCUAGUGCGCGGAGGUCGUGUGCCCAGCGAGCCCCACCCUCAGGAAGCCUCCCGUCAGCGUGUACGUCUGUGCCUCCCGGAGAAUCGACUUUGCGCCUCGUGACAAGGAGGCGUGGCGAGCAGCAGAAGGCACUAACAGGACCACCACCAGCACCACCACCACCUCCACCACCACCAGUAGCAGUACAAGCAGGCGUGGCAGGGCGCCCAGGGGCCAGGAUGUGUGGCUCCCUGCUGCUGCACGCCCUCCUGCUGCUGCAGUUCACAGAUGUCCUUCUCGUGAAUAGCAAGAUGAGGAGCAAGCUUGGGGCCAACAACGUGGAUGGGCAGGAGGUGGGCAUGCCAGACUGGGAGGCCUUUGCACCCCCCAGAGGCCCACACUUCGCCCCAGACUCUCCAAAAUACGUCAGCGCCGCCGUCGGGUCCCCAGCCCACGUGCCCUGCAAGGCGAGGAACUUAGGCUCCAAAUCAGUAUCGUGGAUCAGACACCGUGACCUUCAUGUACUGACGGUGAGCUCCUUUACUUUCACCAACGACGAGAGAUUUUCCGCCCACCGGGACUCCUCCACCGGGGACUGGGUGUUGGUAUUACGUCACCCGCAGCCUUCUGACUCAGGCUAUUACGAAUGUUCCAUCUCCACCAAGCCUGUUACUGCCAUCAGCGUCAAACUGGAGGUCGUGGUCCCCACGGCGGAGCUCCUUGGUGACGGGGACGUGUUUCUGGACAAUGGCAGCACCUUGAACCUCACCUGCGUGGUCCACUUCAGCCCCACGCCCCCUGAGUUCAUCCUGUGGUAUCACCGUGACAAGCUGGUAAACUAUGGGUCGAGGGAAGGGCGAGAGAUUAAAGUGGAGACAGUGCACGACGGCGACACGACCCGCUCCUCCCUGCUGGUUCACAACGCCACUCUCUGGGACUCCGGCAAGUACUCCUGCAAACCCUCCAACGCCCAGAAGAUCUCCAUCCAAGUCCACGUCCUCAAGAGCAAAACCCCAGCCGCCAUGCAAACCACGGACAACAGCGCCACGAAAGGUUGCAACGCCCCUUCAGCCCUCCUUCAGGUUCUCUUAACCUCCCUCUGCCUCUACGGGCCCGUCGGUCACGUCACCCAGGCCGCAGUGCCGAGGCUCCUGCUGGGACUCGCUCUGCCCUUCACGACUCUCCUCACGAACAGAUAAGAGGACAGCUGGACGACUUGGGGGACUCCACGUCAGGCGUAGCGAGGACCGGGACGCUCAUGACAGGGGAGAGAGAGAGAGAGAGAGAGAGAGAGAGAGAGAGAGAGAGAGAGAGAGAGAGAGAGAGAGAGAGAGAGAGAGAGAGAGAGAGAGAUGGGUUGCUCUAGUGUACACGGGCCCCAAUCACUAAAUAUCAUUGUAUAUACGUAUUACUAAGUUGCUUAUUGAUUACACUCUGUCUAUUGAAGGACAGCACACGUGACAAUCUGGUCGAGUGGAGGCGAAGGGCGGUUCCUGCCUUUCAGUUGGUGGCUUCGUCUGUUCUGUUCGUCAGGGUUCAGGUGGUGUCUCUGUUCAUACUUGUGUUGGUUUAUUGCAGUUCCAGUCUCGCCUGCGACGCAAAACGCACGGAAGAAGCCAUCCACUUGCUGUGUUCAAUUUUUAGUCAAAUACUCAAACAUUUCCCUCGAAUUCUGAUGAUUAACACUGGCAUGGAGAGAAAAAAGUGGGGGACACUGCCAAUAUUUUCCAUUCCCUGAAAAAUGACAAAAAUAAUUGGUAUUAACUUUAUCGCACCGUAUCUUCGCUCUUUUCUGUUUUAUUAUACUGCCAUGUGAUACGCACGUCGCCAGCUCGUCUGUCUGCCUUUGUUUGUAUUCUAUUUGUGUUUUGUACAGGUGUUGCAAGGGUAACAAGUAAUCUUAACUUUAUAAAGGUGUUGUGUGGGAGUUUAUCGGUAUAAUAAGCAUCCUGUAAUUGUUGUGUGUUUUGCAGACAUUGUAAGGGGGUUUGAUCCUCUCUGGUAACGGAGGAGAGUGGUGUUUAAAAGGCUUCUGCAGUGCUGGAUGGCCUAUAGAUACGACACAAGGGGAUCCACGCACCUCUCAGGCUUCGAACCACUUACAGUUUGUCUUGAGGUGGAUUCGAACCGUGUGCCAGCGUAGAGGAACCAGCAUGUUUGUCUGCAAGGUCUUGUGCUGUACAGGAGGCGUGGCGGUGCGUGUUGUAAUGUAUCGCCGCGCCUCCCGGACACUGUGCAGGCGCUCUGAGGAACAUUAAGGGAGGUGUUUUUUAGUAUUCUGCAAAAUAACGAGGUUUUCCCGAUGUAUAUAUUUUUGUACAUACUGAACCUGAUGUCUGGAGAGAAGUGUCUGUGUGGUGUUAUGCUUAAGUUAUUUCUUCUCGCAUUCCUUGUCUCUACCUCACUUUCGUUUUAUUUUUUCUUUCGUUGCCCCUUAAGUUGUUUCUUUUCACUUUAGUUUUCUUUCUUUUCUUUUUUUUCAUCGCUCCCUAAGUUAUUUUUCUUGUAUUCCUUUUCUUUAUCUCACUUCUUUCGUUUUCUUUCUUUUAUUCUUUAUUUUCCGUUGUCUCUAAAGUUAUUUCUUCUUAUAUUCCUUGUCUUUAUCUCUCUUCUCGUUUUCUUUCUUUCUUCUUCUUUUUAUUCCGUUGUCCCUCAAGGAAAACUAAUUACCUGGUUCACGUAAGAAAAUUCCUUGAUUUAAUAUUUUUCCGAUCUUUACAUUUUUUUUUACAGUUCAUUUUUUAAUAUUUUUCUUGCAUUUUUUUUUACAUUUUUUUUUAUAUUUCUUUUUUGGUUUCAUUUUGCAGUCUUUUUGUUACAGUUUCUGAUCAUUGCAAUUCCUCUUUGUUUUCUGCACUUAUUUGGUGAAACACAACAACAAAGGAGACCACAGGAAGCCAGUAGGCCUACAUGUGGCUGUCCUUUUAUAAAACACACCUACUUACAUCCAACUAUUAUUCCUAUCCAUGAAUGUAUCCAAUUUUAAGGCUUUCUAUUGAAUCUGCACUAACAACCUAACUACUGAGGUAAAUCCAGUUAUCUAACAGUUAAAACGAAUUCAUUCUUAUCUCCUUUUUAAAUAACUCUGGUCAAGGUUGAAUCCCUACUGUGGAAGUAUUGAUUUUUGAGUCUGUGUAAUUUUGCCUGGCCCAAUUCCAACUCGGAGGAGAGACAGGUGGGAUCAGACCCUCCCUCACCAGGUAAAUCCCCCGCGUGCCCUGUCCAUCCUACGUCAGAUCAAAGCAUUGGUCAGGCCGACACACACAGACAGACGAAUACAUCCACCUACCCACCCACCUGCCCACCUGCCCACACACACACACACACACACACACACACACACACACACACACACACACACACACACACACACACACACACACACACACAGGAGCUAGAUUCAUAUACGUAAAGACAGAGGAAUGGAUGCAUUGGAAAACAGAGACACGAAGACAAAUGGGAGGAGGAGUAUUGCAGAUCCACUCAAGCAUGCACGUUCACACACACACACACACACACACACACACACACACACACACACACACACACACACACACACACACACACACACAC